AUGCAAUUUGUAGGCUUUAAUGCCAAAACUUUUCACAUAUUCUUCGCAACUGUUGAUGUAAAAUCGGAUGCUUCUGAUUGGUAUUUCUCAGGAAAAAUCAUUUUACGUAGAAAAAAUUUCAAAGAAAUAAAAAGAUCAAAAAAGGGUAGUGGUGUUACCCUACUCAAAAAGAUAAAUGAAUAUGGUAGCGGUAUAAAUUGUUAUGUACCAAGCGAUGGAUACUGCUUUGUAAAGUGUGUAAAUCACAUCAUGAACAAAGACUACACAAAAGAAUUUCAAGAUUUCAUCAACAGUUUUUCAAAAUCAAACAGAAAAGGAGUUGUGACAACUGCUAGAAUCUGUGAAUUCAAUAAGAAAUUUAAUACUUAUUUUCAAAUUUAUAUGCCCAAACAUAGACAUUUUCAACCAAAGAAAGUAUCCGAAGAAUUAGAUUGGGUAUUUUACUUACAUAAAUCGCAUUUCUGUCUCAUUAGAAGAAAUAACAAAACCUUAGGUAUUAAAGAAAUAGAAGAUAAUUACGAUGAAAACGUAUGGAGAACUUGUGGAGAUGAUAAUGCGGUAACAGAAGUUUCACCUCUAAAACUAAAUGUUUUUCCAACAAUUCAAGAUGAUUGUUUAUACACAUGGGAUUGCGAAACCUAUAGCGAAAAAGAAACGAAUAAAGCCAUUCCUUAUUCUUGCACGUUAAUUAAUUUAGAAAAAUGUUAG